ACGCCGCCGCCGCCCCUCCCUUUUCCCCACCGCCGUCGCCUCUCCAUUUCCCCGUCCUCUCCUGUCGUGACCCGCGGCGGUUCCUCCAUGCCCAAUGUGCGGAGAUGGUCGGCCUCGGCGGCGGGGCGCGGCCUGGGGUGGACCAGUUCACGGUAGAUCUGGCCACCUGGUCGCCGUAUUUAGCCACUGGCCACGCCUCCUCACGCGAGAUGCACAUCUCGCGGACCACAUCUGGAGCCGCCACAGUGCCUGGUUCGCCGCAAGGACUGACGGCGGCGCUCGCAGGUCCGGCCGCCCCACGGCCUCGCGCGAGAUCCACAUACGCCGCAGUGCCUGGUUUGCCGGAGCAGGUCGCGAGUGAGGUCGGCAAGCACCUCGCUCAGCCGCGCCUCGGCAAGGACGCCCUCGUCAAGCUCCUCCAGGAGUGAUCAAGAUCAAGUAUGAUAGAGCUCAAGGUUGAGGAAGUUUAAACAGAAGUCUCGGCAAAGAAAUGGUAGCUAGUUAUUUCCUAGAGCAGUUAUAAUUUGGUAGCUGGGACACCUGUACAUGUGAUACAUGUGAUACGUAAUGUGGAAAUAUUGUAAUUGACUUAACUAUGGAAGCAAGAGAUUUUUCUUCAGAUUAAAGAUACGAUGGUGUACUGGU